AUGGAGGUUCUUAGGGAGCUUCAUGUCUCAGCUGCCAAGGCUUGGGAUGAUGCCUUUGACAAUGCAUAUAGGCUCAUGGAGUCUGAGCUUGCCCGCCGUGAUGCAAUUGUGAGGGAGGCCGAGCACAGAGCAUUGUCAGCCAGUCAAGCUCAAAGUGCAGCAGAGUCAAAAGUGCAGCAGCUCCAGCGCAAAAUUUCAGGGCUCCAGGAGGAGUUAAAAAUGCAACACGAACUCGAUCCGUCCAGCCUCGAGCUUCCCCGGCAAUUUACCCACUUGCAGGAUGAGUUUGACCCUAAGCAUAUUUGGAAAAGUGGCCUUGACCACGCUCAACCAGAUGUGGACCAAUUGCGACAGAUAGUGGAGAGCAGAUAUUCGGCACUUUACACCAAUCUACAGACAUUUAUCCAAACCUGGAACGGCCUCAAAUUCAGAGUCUUGCAGCAUAAGCAGAAGCUGCGCGAAUGGGAAAAGCAAUUGGAACGAGACGAGUUCACAUUUGUGGUCAAUGGUGCACAAGUCACUUUUCAAAAAGUCGCCAGUACCAGUGUCGGGGAUGUCGAGCGCCAGGGAAAGUCCCAAGCCCUGGAUCCGCCUAGGAAACGGUUACGGGAGGGCCCUGGGCCAUCAAACCAAGCCUACGUGGAGAAUGAAACCACCAACUUCAAACAAGAGGAAAGCCAAGGGGCAAUUCCCGAGCAAAUUCCAGAACCAACUCCCACACAGUCCAGUUCUUCUCGACACGAUAGGGUAUCUUCUCCAUCCGAUGAACUGAACGCUUUACCGGAUAUGCGGACUCAGAAAAGAAGGCGAGUACCGGCGCCGAAUAGCCGCAACUUGUCCCAUAGUCACCCAAUGGAUGAUAUUACCGAGCGUCCUGUGCUCAUAAAAAGUGAGACAUUAUCUUCGAGUCCAGUGCAUCUCAGGCAGCUUUUCCCCAGCACACAAGACCUAGACGAGAUAGGCGACAUAGUGCAAACACCGACCAAAAAAAAAGCCGUGGAAACUCUCCCGCAAGAUCCCGACAGUCUAUGGGAUCAUCCGAGUCGGACCUCUUGUGAACUGUGGAUUCCGCCGGAACGGCAGGGCCAACACUCAUCUGUUCUUCAACUUGUCGAUGGCAACGCGCGAGCUUUAGGCUUUUCAGACCGCGAGCCUAAAAUGAAGAGCCAAAAAGGUGCAGACCAACGGGGAAUAUCAUCGUUAGCGGACGAUGGGGACGAGGGCGACUGGGACUCAGCUUCCCGAAUGCAACCAGUGAAGAGCAGGUCUACUUUGGACAACGGGCCAAAAACGACAACCGAUGGCCAUUUUGCUCAGAGACGUCUACAUGACCUUUUGGAAAGAUCAGCACCCUCCAAAUCACACCUCGAUUCUCCCCAAGAACCAUCUCGAGAAGAUGCUGCCCCACGUCGCAGCCUUCUAUCAUCCGCGACUCGUCCCCGGCGCGCCGGUUCACGGGCCGAUCAGAAGUCCACACGAACAGAUCCCGAUCAAUGCCCAGACGUGGACCGUGACGACGAGCCUUAUCGGGCACGCCCUCUUCAUCGGUUGAGACUGGACCAUUUCAAGAUUAAUCCCACAAGAAACCAGGGGUUGGACUUUGCCUUUGACACAGUUGUUCGCAAGAGAGACGACCGCAAAUGCAUGGCCGGCUGUACUCGCCCCGGCUGUUGCGGAGAUCGGUUCCGUGCAAUGGCUCGCCUGGGAGGGGGUCCUGUUCCUUCUGGCGGGAAGGAACAGGAGACAGAGGACCGAAGGAUCCUAGAGGAAUACGUGGGCGACAACCAGCAAUUACUGGAAAGGCUGAACGAUGACGAUCGCCAGAGUUUGUUGGUAGAAGCGAGGGCUAGGGAUCUUGCCAAUCAGUAUGGAAGACAUAGACACCAACAUCAACGGCCUCGCACUCCUCCGGGAUUCUGGAGGACGGAUAUGCCUGACACGCAGGAGGCGGAAGCUGACCGUGAAGUCGCCGGCAAGCUAGAGCGGGAGAAAGUGGAAGAGCGAUACCGUGAGGCCAUGCGACCAGGAGGGAUGUGGACGUGGGCCGAUGAAUAG